AUGUCAAUGAAUGUUACCGAUGCAAGUCGAAAACGUGCUUUGCUUCUACAUUAUGUUGGCGAGGAAGUGAACGAUUUAUUUGAGACGCUGCCAGAUAAGGGAGACGAUAAAGAUUUUAAGAAGGCGUACGAAGCUCUCACCCAAUAUUUCACACCGAAAAAGAAUGUGUCAUUUGAGAUCCUUAAGUUUCGAAAUUUGAAGCAAGAAAUACAUGAAACGGUCGAUGCCUUUCACACACGUUUACAGAUUGCCGCAAAAUACUGUGAAUUUGGUGAUAACAAGGACAAGGAAAUCAAAGCUAGAUCUCGGGACAACAAGCAAGAAACUGCGACGAUAUUCGUUCCGUUCACCAGCUUUGUCAUUAACUGA